AUGACCCGUAGUCAAUCGGGAGAUUUACUACCAUUAGACCAGGAGCUUGAACGGACCUGUAGGAACUUCAAGCGGGCUCUAAAGGCGCGACAGGUUGCGGAGGAGGCGCUAGCACAGCUGCAAAUCGCCGACGAAGAAGAGAUGGGUGACCCACAGAACAAUGAUGUGGUCAUUCCCGAGGAACAGACCAUGGGGUACUACUGGACCGCCAGAGCCGCGGACAUGAGGUCGCCCAUUUAG